UAUAUAUAUAUAAAUAUGUCUACUACAUUAAUUAUGGUAUGUUAAAAAUAUUUACUCGAAGUUUGAUACGCUGCACUGCAACUCAGUAAGACUGAUCAUCGUGAUUUCAAUUGAAUCCAAUUACAUUUUGUAGGAUUUUGUCAAAGGAGACUAUCUAAACCAAGUUUUUAUUGCUUCUAAAUAUUUUAUUUUCAUUUGUCUAAUAACAAAACCUCUUUAACGCCUGUAUACUGCGCUACCACACUUUUAUUCUGAAAAGACGUGCUCGGAAGUAUCCUUGGUGUUGCUUCCUGAACGUGUGCUGUGGACAUGAAGCUGGCCACGCUGGUCCUGACUCAGAGGUGAACCGUGGACGUGUGUCGUCAUGAUGCUGGAGAGGAGCAGGGUCACGGUGGUGGCGGACAUAUUCUUUAGCAGGAGACUGGAGGAGGAGGAGGAAGAGGAGGGAAUCCACUGUCGCUGCUCCAGAGCCUUCGUGCAGGAUCGCGAGCUCUAUCGCUCUGAUAACCGAUUGCUCUCCUUCGAUCCAGCAGACACUAAAGUCCGAGAAGCUGAUGAUGAUGAUGAUGAAGAGGAGGAGGAGGUAGUAGUAGACGAAGAGCAGGAGGAGGUGUUGGAUGAAGAGGCCCAGCUGAUGGCCAGCAUGGGUCUGCCUGUGGCCUUUGUGUGCUCCUCUGACAAGAGGAGAGGGGGGAGGAGGUCGAGCAGGAAGGCUGCAUCAUGCCGGGCAGAGUCCGCUGAAGAGGAGGAAGACGAUCCACAGGUUGACCCCAAAGGUAAGACCGUUAACUUCUCGCCAUCAAAGACGUGGAGUAGAUCCACAGAGGGCGAUUCCUUCAAACGGGGAAUGAACCGUGAAGCAAGCAGCUCGACCGGGCUCCUCACAAUUGAUGUGAGGGAGGUGUGUGAUCCACCAGAAGAAGGUGCAGGAGGGGCCCAAGCUGCUUGCUGGGAGACCUACUGGGCUCAGCAGGGAGAAGCUCUGCUGUGGAGCAGCUGGCUGGAGAAACAUCCAGAGACCGAUCCAGGAGCACUGGCUGCAGAGUGGGACAAACACGCCGCUGAGACCUACUACUCUUACUGGGAGCAGUACUCCUACUGGUCGGCACUGGGCUGGACCACUGACCAGUCUGUCUGUAGAGGGAACCCUGAGGGAGAAGCAGCAGCAGUGAGUGAUAAAGACACAAGCUCCGAUACCCAAAGGUAUGGACGGACUGUGGCUGAGAGCCGGCAGACAAAUAAAGGAGAAGCCGAGGCUCUUGGCGCCGACGAGGAUUUGAACCAUCUGCUUGGACUGAAGUGCACCUUGGAAGCAGGCGGGAGAUCUGUGGGUGACUCACACACGCUCUGUGACUCCGAUCCUCCUUCUGACGGGGGCAACGAUCGCAAGAGAGCUGCAGCCUCCUCCCAGCAGAGCCCGGCCCAACGCACAGAUUCCCAGCAGGCCGCUGGCCGCCCUCACCGAGGGAACGGCUCACAGGAUAAGACGCCGGGUAGAGAAACGGAUGAGGACGAGGACAAACCCCCUGCAGGGGGACACGUCAAAGUCAAACGCAGUCAUGAGCUGGACGUGGAGGAGACUCCACAUCUGAGCCCCGAGGAAGCUUGGAGCAAACUGGGACUCAAACACAACCCGGAGCCGCUGUUCCACAGUGUGUUGAGCUUCAGAGGCAAUGUUGCCGAUCAGAAGCAGCGCUGGGCUAAAAGAGCCGUCCACAGCGUUCCCAAACACACCAGGUUCUCUGAGAGCAGCAGCGCCCUCUGCAAGGUCAAAAACUUCCUUAAACAGAACCAGGGAGAGACACAGAUUAGUGAGCAGGGAGGAGAGAGCACGCAGCAAUCGGAGGACAUCACGAGUGAGGAAGAGCAGAGGAGGAAGACGAGAAGUGAAGAGGAAGGAGGGGAAGAGCCUGUGGAAAGAGACACUUCUGGUAGGCCGUCAAGUAAGGAAGCAAGAAGGACCCUCCCCUCGGCAACUGUGGACAGUGAGAAAGCGGAAGACGAGGAGGACGAGGAGGAGCAGCCCGGGAGACCGUUACCGUGUCUACUCAUGCCGGACUUUCUCAUGUGUGACGCACGUGAAGGCAGCAGUGACUUGGGUGAUAAAAAUAUAAAGAAACCAAAGAAAAAGAAGGGCAAGCGAGGGAGGAGGCAGCCGGUCCCGGCCGAGAUGGCAGCAGAACCCGAGCUGGCUAAAUACUGGGCCCAGCGCUACAGACUCUUCUCCCGCUACGAUGAAGGGAUUCGACUGGACCGAGAGGGCUGGUUCUCUGUGACGCCGGAGAGGAUCGCCGAGCACAUCGCCCUGCGGGUGGAGCACAGCUUCCCCGACUGCCAGCUGGUAAUAGACGCCUUCUGCGGCGUGGGAGGAAACGCCAUCCAGUUCGCCCUCGCUGGAAAGCGAGUCCUGGCCGUUGAUAUCGACCCGGUGCGGUUGGACUUGGCUCGGCACAACGCAACGGUUUACAACGUGGCCGACCGGAUCGACUUCCUGCAAGGGGACUUCCUUCAACUGGCUCCCCGUCUCCAUGGCGAUGUGGUCUUCCUGUCACCACCAUGGGGAGGGCCGGACUACCUGACCGCUAAGGUGUUUGACAUCAAGACCAUGAUGCAGCCUGAUGGAUUUGAGAUAUUCCGCCUGGCCAAACUGAUUUCAGACAACAUAGUGUACUUUCUGCCUCGCAAUGCCGACAUGGAUCAGAUCGCCUCUCUGGCUGGUCCAGGAGGGAAGGUGGAGGUGGAGCAGAACAUCCUCAACAACAAGCUGAAGACUGUGACCGCUUACUUUGGCAGCUUGAUAAGCCCGUAACGCACGGACCAAUCAGAUCUGAUGAUCAAGUUAUACUAGGACCAACCUGCCUGUUUGAGGUGAAGGAAUACGAUGUGUCACCAAGUAUUACCUUAAGUUCUGUUUCAGUCUAGAUGACAUCACAACUUUCAAAUGUCUGUUUAACGUGUCCUUCCACGUUAGCAGGCCUGCACCAGCAAGAGAUUUUUUUACAUAAGUGUUUUAAAUGGCAAGCUUUUAGCCAGGCUGCAAACCUAGAUAAUAUUGCAUUAUAUUUUCUGUUUCUUGUUGUAUAAAGCCAGUAAUUGGUUUGUCCCCUCUGGGCCACAUUGAAAACCUCCAUAUAUUCACAAAAGAAACAAUUAAUUCACAAAAUAAACCAUUCUUAUUAACAUUAGUUAUGCCAUUUUGCCGUUACAUUACCUCAUAAAUGCUCCACACUGGCCCUACUAAGUGUCACUUCAAAAAUCCUUUUAAAAAUCACAAUUUUAAGACCUGUUUUUUUAUUGUGCAUUACAGCUAAUAAAUAUUUUUUCACAA